AUGGCAAGUGGACAACCGCAGCAACAGCAGCAGCAAGCCUUCCUCCCUAACCAGAUAGGGACCCCUGCAGCUCCUGCAUUCGCCGUUAUUGCGCCGGAUUCCGCGGCUCUGCAGGCUUUGUUGAGCGGAAACGUCAGUGGAAGAGCCUUCAUCAUUCAACCCCUCAAUAUGUCACCGUAUGCUGCGCCAACACAACUACCCAGUGAAGUGAGUGGUUUAUCGGCCUCCUUCACUCAUCUACCCUCCUCGUCGUUGCAGCACCCGGAGACCGUAACACAUGUGCAAAAUCUGGCACUUCCUCAGGCCACUAUCAGUCUUCCAAACAGUCUCCGCAACUCACCGAACCCCGGCAUGACAGCUGUGGAUGCGUCUGUUCAACAACAACAACCGUUGCAACCGCCGCCGCCGCCACCUCCACCACAAAUUCACACGGGGUACCUGGUAACCCCACAGCCCCAUCGGGCAGCCCUCACAGCAGUGCAACAGCCACAGUUGUCAGCUCCCACGUCACAAUCCCAGGAUGUCGGGGACAAC